UUCUAUGAUUUUGUGUGCCACUGAGUUCAAACGUUUUUAUAAUGUUCAGAUUUGAUAAGAAUAUGUUAACAUUUGUUUGUUUAAAUAUAUUUUCUUUCAUCAAUGCUGUUGUAAAUGAAUUAGCCGGUCAUGAAAUACUAAACGUUUCAAUAUUGUCUUGAACAUUGUUGUAACACAUGCAGUGCUCCAGCCAUCAUCACUGUCCACAUUUCUGCUUCUGUGCUACAAUGUCAUCCCAGGUGUCAAAUGAAAACUGUGCAACAUGGCUUAUAUCAACAAUAUAGCUGUUUUGAGUCAGGUUUACCUCAGAGCAUGUGUUGUCAACUUGUCCAAUGGGAGUUGUGUUGAUGUGUGAGACUUCUAGGUUUGACAUUGGUGGCAGUAUAGGACAGAAGAGCUACUGCAGAGCCACCAGGUGGAAGCUCACCAGCUCCUGUAUAUGUAGGCAGGGUGGCGUGUGUGUGUGUGUGGCUGGCUGCUCUGUCUGUCUGUCACUCAGGUAUAACAUUCAUGAGAAUGAUGAGAAAGGCCCAGAAAUAAAGGCUGGUGUAGGUUUGGUGUGAGAAGGUAGGCAGGGACACAAAGAGAGGGCCAGAGGAGGGGUGUGGUGGGAUGGUUGGGCUGCCGGCUGGCUCCCCUCACUGGCUGUGGCUGCUUGGCUCUGUGACAGUGUGUUGACACAGACCGGCCGUCAGACCUCAAGCCGCCGUUCCAGGCUGAGAGAGAGAGAGGAGGAAUUGAAGGAUGCAUGGAUUAGUGCAUUGUCUCUGCUGCGCUCAGAACCAGAGCUCACACAAGGCUGCCCACUGUAGUCUGCCUACCCAGAGCCUUAGACACAGACGCCCAGAAACCCGUCCCAGAGACCGGAGAUGACUGCUGCCAUGCCCUUCUGGCUCUCAGCCCUCACCCUUGCCCUCAACCUCCUGGUCCUCUCUGCCAGGGAAGGAGCUGCCCUUUUCCUGCCUGACUCCAAUGAGCUGCGGCAGCUACUGAGCCGGUACCAGGAUGACCAGAACAGCACCGAUAACACAGCGGGUAGUAGGACCCGACGGGCCAUCCAGUGGACAGACCGCGGGGAGAUUCUACAACUGCACAACAAACUGAGAGGACAAGUCUACCCCACCGCAUCCAACAUGGAGUACAUGGUCUGGGAUGAUGAGCUGGAGAGGUCAGCCACUCACUGGGCAGAGGCAUGCCAGUGGGAACAUGGACCUAAUGACCUGCUCAUGUCCAUCGGUCAGAACCUCGCCGUUCAUUGGGGGAGGUACCGCUCCCCGGCCUACCACGUCCAGGCCUGGUAUGAUGAGGUGAAGGACUACACCUACCCCUACCAACAUGAGUGCAAUCCCUGGUGUCCCGACCGCUGCUCAGGGCCCAUGUGCACCCACUACACCCAGCUGGUCUGGGCCACCACUAGUCGUGUGGGGUGUGCAGUGCACGUUUGUCCCAGGAUGAACGUGUGGGGGGAGAUCUGGGAGAACGCUGUUUACCUCAUCUGUAACUACUCCCCCAAGGGAAACUGGAUCGGAGAGGCCCCUUACCAACAUGGCCGCCCAUGCUCCCAGUGCCCUCCUAGCUAUGGAGGAAGCUGCAGGGACAACCUCUGCUUCAAGGGGGACUCUCAGCGUUCUGAGACUGAGGACAUGAACGAAGUGGAGAAAGCUCAGAUUCCCAUGUCACCCCGCACCACCACCAAGCCUGUCCACAGACCCCAACCCAAGCCUGCUGCUCCCAAGAAGCCCUCCACUCCCAAGCCUUCUACUCCCAAGGCUCCCACCAGCACUUUCCUGGCCCAAAACAUCAAAUGUGAGACCAAAAUGCGUGACAAGUGCAAGGGAGCAACCUGCAACAGAUUCAACUGCCCUGCUAACUGCCAGAACAAGAAAGGGAAAGUGUGGGGGACGCUCUUCUAUGAUGUGCAAUCAAGUAUCUGUCGUGCUGCUAUGCACUAUGGCAUCAUCAAUAACAAUGGUGGUCUGGUGGACACUACGAGGAAAGACAAGUUGCCAUUCUUCGUCAAGGCAACAAAGAACGGCAUUGAGUCAUUCAGUAAAUACAAAGCCGGCAAUGCAUUUGUGGUGUCCAAAGUGGAAAGACAAUCAGUGGACUGCUAUGCAACAGUGGCGGAGAUCUGCCCCUUCAAGAAGCCCUACUCCAACUGCCCAAGAGUGUUCUGUCCGGCCAACUGCAAGAAUGAGCCAUCCUACUGGGCUCCGGUGGUUGGGAACAGCUUCUACACAGAGCGCUCCAGUAUCUGCCGGGCAGCCAUCCAUGCCGGGGUGAUCCAAGCCGGUGGAGGCUACGUGGACGUCCUGGCCCUGGAUAAGAAGAGGAGUUACGUUGGUGUCCUGAAGAACGGCAUCCAGUCAGAGAGUAAGAGCAAUCCAGAGGGUGGCUCGUUCCGUGUUUUUGCUGUGAGGGAGUGAGUCUCCUCCAUCUCAGGGCCUCCCACUCAUUGGUUCAGGGACUAACAGGGUCCCCCAUCUGCUCUCAAGGGGCAGGAAGUGCCCACAGGUUCGAUGCCAUGGCAACUCCUCCCAUCUGUCUCUGUCUCCCACUCUGGGAGGAAGCAGAACUUCUCAUUGGACCAACAGACACUUCUCCCUCUUAGCUAAUAAACAGUAACUGACUGCUCAAUUCGGUGGCUAACAUCACAAAGAACCCUUCUGCCUUCUCCUACCCUUCUCACCUUUAAACCCCAGAUGUGGAUAUUUUUGUAAGAUACACAAACGUUAAUGCAAAAUGAUGUGUAACAUCAAAGACCAAUAGAACAGCUGGUGCUGGAACUCUGCGUCUUGACAUGUAGUUAGAUUUCAAAUCAAAUGUCAUAUUUGUUUAUAUUUUAUGUUCUUAAUACAAAAGUGAAUCAUUGGUCUCCAUGCACAGGAAUGUAUAUUGAUCACUGUAUUUAAUCAUUCUGUACAGAUUUAAUUCAUUCAUUUUUUCCUUCUUAAAUGAGUGUAUAUUGACAGUUUUAUGUGUUUAUAAUGUAUUUUGUAGCUUGUCUCUGCUUUCCUAACCCAUUUAUGCUUUCAUCGUGGUCUUUACCUUUGGCGGAUAGGCCAUGGUGCUUGAGUUAGGAGAGGAUCUGUGUUUGGCAUGCUGGACGAGCUCACAGUGGACAGACAGACAGGCAGACAGAGACAGACAGACAGACUUAGGGGUUGCAUCGGAAGGGAAGGGGAAGGGGGAGGAGGAGGAGGAGGAGGAGGAGGGGAAGGCAUACCUCCAAGGAAAAGAAACCUUUCCUGAAUACAGCUUGUACGACUUCCAGUGUCAAUAAUGUUCAGACGAUCUGGUUAAGGUACAAAAACAUUGUAGCAAUAUUCUGUCCACUGUGAGCUCAGGAAGGCAAUGGGAGCUUGUGUGGGCAGGGCUUUCAAAAUGGUGGCAUAUCUGGCUUCAUCCGAGGACAUUCACAGAUGAACAAUGUUCUUGUUUGAUAAAUGAUUCUCUAUUUAUAAUAGCUCACUGCUUUCUUCCCCCCUUUCCUCUCUUGAUGCCAUGUGUUUUGAUUGAAUAAGAGAAAUACUCCAAGAUAGGUUGAAUUUGUCUCCACUUAAGACAGUUGAAUGUUGUAGGUUUUGUAGAAAGAGGGUCUUAUACAGUCCAAUGUGAGAAAGGUGUGCCAAGUGUUCCUAUCAGCAGGCUUAGCUUCAGUUAGGAUUCAUUCACUAGGUAAUGAUUUGUAAAUUACACAGAGGAUGCAGAACAUGGAUCGGUUUAAACCACUCAUACCCAGUUACUUAUCCAGAAGGAAGGCACACAGAGGCAGGCUUCAGUUGGGGGAUAUCCUCUUAAAUGCUGAGACUUUGUCGUGAGAGGAGAGUAAAUCUAUGUACAUUUAUGCUGGAGGUUUAGGGUCUCCUAAAGAAGGGCAUUAGGUAUCCUCUAUCUAUCCCUAGGCUAGACUGGACAGCAGUGUAGCCAUUCUCUCUUUGUUUUAGAUUUCAUAUUUCUAUGUUUUUAUUAGGCUACCUCAGUCUUAUAGUACAUGGGCAAUCUUAAAGGAAAUGGUAAUGGUUUGUACAGCUUUGGAAAUGGAGUGUAAUACUUUGAUUUGUCUUUUCUGAACUGUUCUCUCUGCUGUAAAAGCCUUCUUUCUAAAUAUAUGUGUUGUGUUAUUUUCGUUUGUUUGCCUAGUUUGUAUGGUGUUAAUAGGCAUUGGAUGGGCUUUUGUAUUUUUAUUUUUUUUGUACAAUUUGAAAAUAAUUAAAGUUUGAAAUAGUUAGAA